AUGAGAAGAUCAUUCAUUGAUGUCUGUCUGAUCAUACUCCUAAGCAUAACCACAAGGACACAAGCGCAGGAUAACAAUACUUAUCCGACCAUACUAAAUGACACCGUCCCGCCACUAUCAUUUGAUAAUGACAAUGACAAUAAUAAAUCACACCCAUUUUUAUCCUUUGAAGAAUGGAAAGAAGUCAAAUUUCAAGAACAACCUCUGAACAUGAACAAUCCUCCACAUUUACGAAAUAGAGAACCCGUGGAUCCAUCAUGUUACAAGGAAAGAGAAAGUAUAGGAGACGAGAUGGAGAUUGAAUUAGGAUUCUUCGCCAAGGAUGAGCAAGAGCAAGAGGAUAAACCGUACAAUAGGAGAUACAAUUAUGCUUCUUUGGAUUGUGCCGCUACUGUGGUGAAGAGCAAUGCGGAAGCUAUUGGAUCUACGUCCAUCUUGGUGGAGAAUAAAGAUCAAUAUUUAUUGAAUCCCUGUUCUGCCGUCAAUAAAUUUGUCAUUAUUGAACUUUGUGAGGAUGUAUUGGUGGAAGAAGUGGAGAUGGCCAAUUUUGAAUUUUUUUCAUCCACUUUCAAGACUAUAAGAUUAUCAGUAUCAGAUAGAUUCCCCGUGAGUAGAAACGGAUGGGUUGUUCUUGGUGAAUUUGAAGCGGAGAAUAACUUACAAAUACAACAGUUUAAUAUUAAGAAUCCUCAAAUUUGGGCAAGGUAUUUACGUGUAGAGGUGUUAUCAUAUUAUAAUAACGAAUUCUAUUGUCCAAUUUCUUUGAUUAGAGCUCAUGGUAAGACCAUGAUGGAUGAGUUUAAAAUGGGUCAGAUUGCUAAUGAUGAAGUUGUUUCCACAACGAAACUGGAAGAUGUGAUGACACCGGAUGAAACUUCUAAUGUUACGAUUGAAGAUGAGUUGGAAAGUACCGACAAGAUUAAUGAGGGGGGAAAUUCACAUACUACCAUGGAUGUUGCUACUGUGAUCACUCGAAAUAGUAAUACGAGCAUAAAUUCUAAAAGUAACAUUGAAUAUUUUGAAAAAUGUACCAUUUGGUCAUAUGAUGAUUAUUCUAACGUGUCAGUAGUUCCCUUUGAAUUAUCUCAUGUUUUGGAAAACGGUCAUUGUAAAUUCGAACCAUUGAAUUUCACCAAUUUUUUCCUCAAACGUCAAAAUGACACUUUCAAUAAUGGUGACUCUAGCAAUAAUAAUGGUACUAGUAAGAGAAAUGGCACUUGUAAUGUGACAAUGACACCAAUGGCACAAUCGCCAACGAGUCCCGAGGAAUCUAUAUUCAAGAACAUUAUCAAAAGAUUAAACGCAUUAGAGAAUAAUUCCACACUAACAGUAUUGUACAUUGAAGAACAAAGUCAAUUGUUAUCGAAAUCGUUCCAAAGUUUGACAAAGGAGCAUGGAAUUAAAUUUGCCAAUCUAAUAGAUAAUUUCAAUACCAUGAUUAUAGCAAGACUAGAUUCAUUAAAGGAAUUUGCCGCGGAUUUGAAAGACCAAUCUUUGCAAAUCCUCACUUCGCAAAGAUUGGAGAAUGAGAGAUUCGUUGCCGAGAAUUCGUACAGAAUUAGGGAAUUGGAAAGAGAGGUACGGUUACAGAAAUUCAUUGUUUACUCCAUGUUCUUCGUCCUGAUGGGGCUGCUGACGUACCUGUUGUUUGCCAAGGAGGUGUACAUCGUGGACGACCUGGACAACAGAGAGACCACGCCCGACAAGGUGGUGUACACGCUCAAGUCGAAGACGCAAUUAAGUCCCAAUGCGGACAUGUGA